UGUAUGUAUCAUAAUUUUAUAAAUAUUUGUUUACAUUUUGAGAUUCGGAAUGAUCUGUAGAUAAAGAAAUAUUUAGAGUUGAUUUAUAAAUAGAUACUUAUAGGAAAUUUAAUACUUUAUUUCAAAGAGCACAUCGGUUAGGUUAAUUAAAAAAGGGUGCAUCAUAUCUAUCAUGUCUUUCUCUUGUGGUGGUCUCAUAGUAAGAAGUGCUACAUCACAUUUGACUAGAAAAUAUGUAGCAAAACUUCUAAAUAAUUAUCAGUGUAAAACAAAGGUUAAUUAUAAAUCAAUGCGCUACAUUUCAUUCUCGAGCAUGUUGUGCCAUCCUGGGAGUUCAUCUGAUGAUGGUGAUUCUGUUAAAGGUCGUAAUGAAAAUGGAAGGAAAUCAUCCUCAAAAGGAAAUGAUGGCGGUGGCCGAGAUGGUCAGUUGAGGUGCCCAAAAUGUGGUACAACUUGUAGUCAUGUUGAAACAUUUGUUACCUCCAGUAGAUUCGUAAAAUGUGACAAUUGUCAACACUUUUUUAUCAUUUUAUCUGAUGUGGAUACAAAAAAAACAGUAAAAGAGAGUCGUCACCAAAGUUCUGGGGAACGAGCUAAUCUGCAGCGACGUCCUCCACCACCACCAAAAAAGAUAUUUGAAUACUUGGACAAACAUGUUGUUGGACAAGAUUAUGCAAAGAAAGUUCUUUCUGUUGCUGUUUAUAACCAUUAUAAAAGAAUAUAUAAUAAUAUGCCUCAUACAAGCUCUGUAACUAGACAUGAUGUUGCUAUUUCUGAAAAUCAAGCCCCAAGUUUUAAUAUUAGAGAUCCCCUACACAUUUCUGGAAUAUCACAGCAAAGUCCACUUGGAGUAUCAAAUUUCCAACAGCAACAAAUUAGUCAAGAUAGUGAUAUUAAAAGUAACAGAGGAUCUGAUAUACUGGAUGCUCAAACUCAUGAUUUAAGGCUAGAAAAGAGCAAUAUUCUUCUUUUAGGACCUACAGGAUCAGGAAAAACUCUACUGGCUCAGACAAUAGCUCGAUGUUUAGACGUGCCUUUUGCUAUUUGUGACUGCACGACGUUGACGCAGGCUGGUUAUGUUGGUGAAGAUAUUGAGUCUGUAAUUGCAAAAUUGCUUCAGGAUGCUAAUUAUAACAUAGAUAAGGCUCAGCAAGGUAUUGUUUUUCUUGAUGAGGUUGAUAAGAUUGGAGCAGUUCCUGGUAUCCAUCAGUUACGAGAUGUAGGUGGAGAAGGUGUUCAGCAGGGAAUGUUGAAAAUGUUAGAAGGGGCUCUAGUUAAUGUCCCUGAGAGAAAUUCAAGGAAAUUACGUGGUGAGACAGUUGUUGUUGACACCACAAAUAUAUUAUUUGUUGCCUCGGGAGCUUUUAAUGGUCUUGAUAGAAUAGUUAGCAGAAGAAAAAAUGAAAAGUACCUUGGGUUUGGAGCUCCAGUGUCAGAAUCUCCUGGAAGAAGAGCAGCUUCAGCAGCUGAUAUUGCAAAUUUCACGACGACAACAAAUGCAGCUGAAGACAUGGCAGAAAAAGAUGCUCUUUUACGCUAUGUUGAAUCUCGUGACUUGAUUGAAUUUGGAAUGAUACCUGAAUUUGUGGGUCGUUUUCCCGUAGUUGUACCUUUACAUAGUCUUGAUGAAAAAAUGCUUGUACAGAUACUGACUGAGCCAAAGAAUGCUUUGGUGCCUCAAUUCCAGAUGCUUUUUACAAUGGAUAAGGUUGAACUAGCAUUUACUGAAGAUGCUUUGAAGACAAUAGCCCAUUCUGCUAUGGAGAGGAAAACUGGAGCCCGUGGCUUAAGAGCUAUAAUGGAAACCAUUUUAUUAGAACCUAUGUUUGAAAUUCCCGGUUCGGACAUAGUUACUGUGCGUGUCACUAAGGAUGUUGUGUUAGGCAAAUGUCCACCAUUUUAUGUACGAGGAGAGAAACAGGAAAAGAAAGACUAUUUUGAAAAUGAAGCUGUAAGAGAAGAUCAAGAAAGAGCAGUAAACACAUAAAAUCGUGUUACAAAAUUUUAGGAAUUAUUAUAAUGUAUUGAUAAAUCUGUACUUUUAAAGUGUUACUUGAAGAAAUCAUAAUUUCUUCAUAUGUUGAAUUUAGUAAAUAAACAUUAUUUUCUAAA